UAGAAACAUUCAGUUAUCCUGCCUUAGAUAGGUUGCACAUCGCGGCCGGAGCUGCAGCCAUAGCGGAAUAACUUACAAUCGAGUUGCAAAUUGCUAAACAACGUGAGAAUAUUUCAAUUUCGCGCGCUACUUUAAAUAUUGUGCUACAUCAACAUGUAGUGAGUGGACUUCCCCGUUCGAAUUAUCUAGAAAUAGAUUAGAUAUGAGCUCGCGUCACAUAGAUAGCCCAGACCGAUUGACGGGACGGGCGACAGAAUCGACAAGCCGGGCGUUUUCGUCGCCACAGUACAAAAACUUAGUUACAAUAGUGUUUCAGUGAUAAAUAAUACUACUGCAUCGACCCUAGUGCAUCUUUGACCUUACCAAGUGAUACUAAAAGGGCAAUUGUGUAAUUCUGUUGAGAAAACCGAGUUGAAAUAUGGAUAGAAAUGAUUUUACGUCGAAUUGUAGCUCAUGUAUCAAGGAGUCGAUGGAAGCUGGACAGCUGACUUGCAAGUUAUUGCCACCGAGUACAUGAUAUGCUGAUGAUGCAGGGGACGGAGCUGGUUCUUCCUCGGAAGGUGGGGACAUGGCUUGCCACGUCUCCAUGUCAGAGACUGGACCCUAAGGCCUCAAGGACUCUAACAGCGCUUGGAAAGAAUUGUGAACUUGUCACAUUACAUAAUGCAUUAAGGUAUAUCUAGAGUCGCUUCAUCUUCCUUAUCAAGUGGUUUCAGACCGGACCUGAAGUCGAUGGCGUCCCUUCCAUCCUUCGUAGAAACAUGACUCUCACCGCUGCUGCUAUGCAAACAGACGGACAAACAGAUUGGAGCCGAUGUUGUGUAUGUACGGGGUUUAUACGAUGGAAGUUACAACCGCGGUCGUAUAUUACAUACGACCUUUACAAUACGAUGACCACGUUCAAGCUCUGGAACUGAUACGAAGUGAGAUCUACAGAAAUCCUGAGUUUUUCGGACUGGGAUCCGGAUCAAUUAUCUUGAUUUCCGAUGUAAACGCGUUGAUGGCUUUUUUCGACAGGCUUUUGAAGAAAAAUGAAAUAUUUGGUUGUUACGCGUGCCGGACAGACUGUUUGGUUGGUGUUGACAUGACGUACAUACAUUUUUAUAACGAUGGUCCGAUGGAAAUGAGUGGGGGCAGCGUCGCUGUUCAAAAUUACUUGAAGUACGUAAAGUUCGUCCAAAGGAAUUUGUGGCAUGGCUGUCGAAGUACUAAGAAAGUUUGCAUCCUCAUUUCUCUCGGCAUUUUCCUAAAACAUGAGAUAAGAUGCAAUAUUGAAUUUAUAGAAAAUAUGUUAAUAUUGCGGGAAAAAUACGCAAGAAGCUGUAAAAUAACAUUCAUCGGUCAAGCCUUCUCGGGUGAAGAAAUUCAGGAGAUGGCCGAGAAAUUGAAGUACAGAGACUUGAGACCUAGUAAGGUGGAAAUCACGACGCAAAAUGCGGAAGACUACGAUCUAGGACAUCUCCGUGACACAGACAUGUUGCCUAUAAAACUAUUGGGUGCUACUUUAAUGACACACACACACACUCCCAUAAUACACACACACCCAUAAGUAAUCACCUACAAAGUUUAAUUUUAAGAUCUCAAUAAUUAUAAUUAUUUAAGCAUUUUUAAACUAAGAUAAACUAUAAUAAUAUAAAAUUAUAUAAUUAUUAAGCCUGAAUUUUAUAUCUAUAAAAUUGCUGUGCCCAAACUGGGUCCAUAAUUGUUACUUUUACAUUUAAGAACAUCUCUGUACAUACAUUGUGGAAAGCAAAUAAAUGAAUAUGAAUAUGAAUAUGAAUAAGACAAGUGAUGAGAAUGAAAGGCCAAUUGGAAGACGUGCAGCUCAAUAACUGCUUCCAGAACCAGAACCGUCUACAAGUUAUUCGAAUAUACGGUGAAACCUUGUUAAGUGAGACAUCAACGGGUCUUUUAAUUCGUAUCACUUAUAGAGGUAUUCCACUAACCCAGUGUCUCAGAUAACCAGGUAUAAAUAAAUAUUUGUCUCAUUUACAGUUGGUUCCAUUAAUAGAUGUGAAAAUACAGGUUAUGGACAUGCGGCGCGACUGUUACAAUGCCGUAUUUGUAAAGAGUGUUCGAAUUAACUCAAAGAGAAUAAUGCACUUUAUGGCUUACCUACUGGGCCUAUUUCGCUCAUUAUCCGUAUAUCGUGAGCCAAGAUGAUAACAAAUAUGUGGUUUAAAUUAAGUCAUAAGAGGUUUCUCCAUACGGUAUAUUUGUUAUGUUGUAAUAGGUAUAAGUAAAAAUGUUUAAUGUUAGUUAUAUUAGAGAUAUUGAAUGUUGGUUUCUUUAAAAGUUUAUUUGAAGCAAUAAAAUACUAAUUUAAGAAUUAAUUUGGAUUAGUAGUAGUAGUACUAAUAUCAUAUCAUAUCAUAUUAAUACAAUAAAUGUUAAUUAUUAUGUUAUCGGCUUAAUCACGUAAUGUUU